AUGGAGGUGUUGGCAGCCCUGGCAACGCUGCAGGCAGAGCUCACCUGUCCCAUCUGCCUGGACUACCUCAAAGACCCAGUCACCAUUGAAUGUGGGCACAACUUCUGUGACUCCUGCAUCCGGAUGUCAUGGGAGGAUCUACAGGACACAUUUCCUUGUCCCGUCUGCCACCACCCUUGCCCACAGAGGUGCUUUAGCGUCAACCCUCAGAUGGGAAUGCUGGUGGACAUGGCCAAGCUAUUCCACAGCUCUAGGAGAGAGAUGAAGCCAGAAAAGAAGCGCAGGUAUGAGGAGCUCAAUGAAGGCCUGACUCUGUUCUGUGAGGAUGACCAAGAACUGAUAUGUUCCCAGAACACACAACCCCCUGAACACCAUGGCCACCACCUGAAGCUCAUGGCAGAGGCUGCCGCUGAUCACAGACACAGGCUCAAUGGUCACACUGAACUCCUAAAGAAGCAGAUGGAAGAGGUGAAGAACUUAAUUGUCUCCCAAGACAGGAAUCUCCUGCAGCUGAGAGAGGAGGUGAGAAAGCAGAGGAGUCAGUUAGCUUUGGAAUUUGAGUUCCUGAAUCGGCUGAUAGCAAAUGAGCAAGAAGCUGCACUCUCCAGGUGGGUUGAAAAAGAGAAGGACUUUGAAAGGAAACUAAGUACCAGUCUCACUGCAAUCUCUGAGCAUAUUUCCGUCUUGAAAGGUCUACAGAAAGAGGUGGCAGAGAGGAGCAUGAUGUCUCCAGGGAUGGUGUUGAAAGAGUUCAAGAGCAUCACACCACGCCAUAAGAAUCUGGAGCCCCCGGUCCUACAGUCCCAGCACUUCAGCGACAAAGGCUUUCCCAUUUCGCUAUACUUAACACUGAAGAACAUUAUACAGAAAUUCAGAGAAGAGGUGACUCUGGACCCCAAAACAGCACACCCCAGUCUGUGUGUGUCUGAAGAUAGAAAGACUGUUAACUAUGUGUGGAAAAGAUCAAAAGAUGAUGGGGAAGUGAGAGAUACUGACUAUGCAGUGGUUCUGGGCUCUGAAGGAUACAGUUCAGGCCGACAUUACUGGGAGGUGCAGGUGGGUAACAAGACUGAGUGGGCCGUGGGGGUGUGCACAGACACCCCUUCCAGCAAGGAGCAGCCACCCCUUUUGGGUCAGAAUAGUUCCUGGACAAUCCAGUUACAGGAUGGCAACUACUUGGCUGGAGGCUCUGUACCUGUCAUUCUCUCUGUGAAGAACAAGCCCCAAAAGAUUGGCAUUUACCUGGACUAUGAGUUGGGUGAGGUUUCCUUCUAUGAUGCUAGUGACAGGUCUCAUAUCUAUUCUUUAACUGAGACAUUUUCUGAUGUACUAAAGCCUUAUUUCUGGGUGGGUUGGGAUUCUACUCCUCUUAUACUGUGUGAAGUAGAGAUUCUAUAG